GAUCCUCAUAUGAGGUUGAGAGAUGGUGGCCCCAUCAUCUACCCUCAAGCCCUCAGUUCCGUCCGCGAAUCUGCUCCGGUUCCUCCGUUCCCAGUCCGAAACCUCUGCACACCAUUACUUCUUCUCCCCCAACACCCCGCCCGUUGCGCAUCCGCAUUCGCUUCCGCCAGCAUGCCCAUGGCGUUUCCGAUCCCAAGCUCAAUCCCAAAGAAGAUAUACACUUUCCGCAUUUCAACAACGGUCACUCGACGAAUAUAAGCAUAACAUUCAAACAAAUGUGCUGCACAAUCAGCCGUGCUCCGCAACCCUCGAAGCUUCUCUCUUCCCUUUCCUCACCGCGCGGCCAGGAAGGUCAACAGAUAACCCAUCCUCAUUAUCAGCAAUAUCAUCGGUAGCUCUUGCAUCGGCUGCAGCUCCGCGAGCAGCGCUGAAUAGCCUGAACUGGCGUGGGGGAUAUGGCUAUCUGCAUGCUUUCAGUGGCACAGCGGGGAGAAAGGGGCGGGGCCAGGGUUUUAUGCGACGAUUGUUUGGUCUACGAGUAUCUGAACGUGAUGACAGACGCGAGUUGUGGCCGAGUGAUUUGCCUAUUGGUCCUGUGAUGGAGGAUGGGCAUGAAGGGAACAUGUUUGUGACAGGGCGGUCGUUGGCGAUGAAAGCUAUGAAUGAGCCGCGGUUGAGAUGCACGGAGCUGGAUGAGAAUGGAAAUGUGACGCUUGUUAGUGGGGAGUUUAAGAAGAGCGAAUUGACUGCUAAGUACGGCCUGCUUCCCCGUGAUCUUCGUAAGAUCGACUCCUCCGUCCUUCCACAUAUUCUUGUCCGCCACAGUGCUAUUUUAAUCAGUCUUCUGCAUCUCCGGGUUUUGAUAAAGUCAGACCGGGUUUUGGUAUUUGAUGCGUACGGCUCGACUGACUCGUACACACAGUCGGUAUUCAUGUAUGAUCUAGAAGGCAAACUACGUCAGAAAGAGGCGGCAGGCCGGCAGUCCUCACCUGGCGCUCUUCCAUACGAAUUCCGCGCUCUGGAAGCGGUUCUGGUCAGCGUGACCACUGGACUUGAGGCUGAGUUUGAAGGAGUAAGGGAGCCUGUUGUGCGUGUUCUUCGGGCUCUGGAAGAGGAUAUAGACAGAGACAAGUUACGACGCCUCCUGAUAUACUCCAAGAGGUUGGGCACGUUCGAGCAGAAAGCUAGACUAGUGCGCGAUGCGAUUGAGGAUCUGCUGGAAGCUGAUGAUGACUUGACGGCAAUGUAUUUAUCAGAAAAAGCGCAAGGCGUGCAUAGGCAGGAGGUCGAUCAUCAAGAGAUUGAAAUGCUGCUCGAGUCCUAUCACAAAGUCUGCGAUGAAAUCGUUCAAGCCAGUGGAAAUCUAGUUACCAACAUUCGAAACACGGAGGAAAUUGUGAAAGCAAUCCUCGACGCCAACCGCAACUCCCUCAUGCUCCUCGAUCUCAAAUUCAGCAUCGGCACCCUCGGCUUAGCAGCCGGAACCCUUUGCUCCGCACUCUAUGGCAUGAACUUAAAAAACUUCCUAGAAGAAUCCGACAUAGGUUUCACCGCCGUGUCCGGUGUCUGUUUCGCCUUUACCGCCUUCGUGUGCGCAUAUGGGCUCAUGAAACUACGGAAAGUGCAGCGUGUACGGAUGUGGGGGGAGGCAGGGUUGCAUGACCGUAGUAUUGGCGCCCUGGGGCUCAGGAGUGAUAGGCGUGCGGCUAAUCGGACUGAUUGGCGCUCUGAUUUUGUUGGCCCCCUCUGGACGGGGUUGGCUGGUGAGACUCGUGGGGAGAGGUUGAAGAGACUUCGACAGAGGGUUGCGGCUUCUGCGCCUGCUUCGGUGACUCCUCCGAUUGCGAAGAAUUCUCAUGGUUUUGAGAAGCAACACAAAGUGCAGCGGCAGCGGCAGCGGCUACAGCAGCAGCAGCAGCAGCAUCAGCAUCCGCAGUUGACGGACCAUGAUGGAGUUGAUACCAGCAGCGCGGAACCAGAGCUGGCAAGUACAGCCAUCAGCUCUGCCUCUCGAUAG